CCAGGACGAACCAAAACGUAGUCGUCCCUUCACUUUCUAGUGUGUGAGAAAACGUGAGUAGUGAGGUCGGGGCCGAAGCGAGCAGUGAGCAUCAACACAAGGACGUAUUUAGACCUCGUCUUAUAUUAUCACUUACUACAAGAAACUUUCAAGUACACUGCACGUUUCGUGAAGACAACGACUUGUGUUAUAAUCUCAAGCUUCCACCAUGCCUCUGCCGCCAGCCUUAGCUGCGAAAUUAGCAAAACGAGGGAUCAUCAAUAUCCCCAAAGAGCCAGUGUUUACAGAACCUGAGGCAGCAGCAUCAGCAGAAGAAGAGAUUAUUGCUGAAGACUAUGAUGAGACACCCCAACAGACUUCUCUCGCUUACACUCCUGUUGAGUCACAGAUUGUCGACCCAUACAUGGGAUUUGUAGGCUGUCCAAACAAAUGGAAUGUUUACCAUGAGUGUGGCAGCAUGUGCAGGGAGCAGUGGAAGGAGCGUAAAGUCAUUAAUCCAGAUUAUGAUCGUCGUAGAAUCAGAAUGCUAAACAAGUAUCCCUUACCCAACCAUUGGCAAGAAAUUUUGGAUCCAGGCAUCUGUCGUUAUUACUACUGGAACACUGAAACAGAUCUGGUGUCAUGGCUUCCUCCAGGCCAUCCACGAUGCCAGGUCUCACGAUCUGCUGCAACUCUCCGCAAAGAAAUGGCAACUGAAAUUAGCAAGAAUCGCUCUGGUGGCUCGGAGAAUGAGGGGGAAAUGGUUGGAGUGGAAGAGGAAGAUGAUCAAGAUGGUGAUGAUCACAUGAGUGACAAAUCAGAGGGGUCCGGAGAUGAAUCGAGUCAGCGAGAAAAGAGAGAGUCGGAUCGCCGUGAAAGAAAUAGAGAUAAAGGUAGGGAGCGAGACCGUGGCAGAGAUCGAAGAGGUCGCCGGCAUCCACCCAGUGAGGAGCUGGACCCAAUGGACCCGGCAUCUUAUGGAGAAUGUGGCAGAGGUACUUGGGCAUCUGGACUGCCUCAGCGAAAUGAAGCUCGUACUGGUGCUGAUGUAACGGCUAGUGGCCCGUUGUUCCAGAUGCGUCCUUAUCCCUCCCCUGGAGCAGUGCUUCGAGCUAAUGCUGCUGCAGGACCCAUUGGACCCAAGAAAACUUAAGUAAUUGGCAACUUUGAAAAUUAGAUAAUUGUGCAAGAACUUUAUAUAAAUUUGUCUUAAUUAAUAUUUAGAAAGCAAUGAUAGUUGCUUGAACGAAUCAGUAUCGCAACAGCCUCACUUCUAGCAGGUGAGUACUUGAUCCUCAGAGGUGCGAGUGGCUGAGCACUGUUCCUUCACACACACUCCCCCACUAUGUAUUAAUUGUAUAUAAUUGUAUCCCUUCCGAGGAAAGGUAUACAAUUAUAUACAUAAUCAUAAUGGCUUCGUGGUUUCUCAUAAUUCUCUUUCCAUUGUUUUCAAAUGAAUUUCUAGUUUUUCUAUAAUUCAAUUACAAAAUAUUGCAUAUUAUAACACUUGUAUUUAAUCAGGCAAAUUUGUUUGUGGUAAUGUAGGUACCAUAUAUAAUUUCAUGGCAUCACCACGUAGUAAAAUUCAAAGUUUGUGAACGAGAAUUAUUAAAUCAUGAGAAUACUUAGUUAUCCUGAAAGUACUGUAUUGUAAAUGUUCUGAAACAACUGUAUGACUUGU